AUGAUCUUGCAAGAGCUAACAAGACAGAAGUUAGGCUGGGAUGAACCCAUUCCAGUUGAAGAGGCACAGAAAUGGAAGUCUUGGUUGGAUGAACUACCAGAGAUGGAAGAAUUUGAGGUGAACAGAUGUGUAAAGCCUCAUAACUUUGGUAAGGUAACAAAUUACCAACUCCAUAACUUUGCGGAUGCCUCAGAAGUUGCUUAUAGAGCUAUGACAUAUAUAAUGAUGACAAGUGAAGAUGGUCAAGUAUAUUGCAGUCUGCUAAUGGCCAAGACACGUCUUGCUCCACUGAAGAAGUCAACCAUGCCACGACUUGAGUUAAUGGCUGCUACCCUUGCAACAAGGAUGGACACCAUGAUCAGGAAAGAACUGGACUUUCCUAUCACCAAGUCAACAUUUUGGACAGAUAGCAUGAUAGUUUUGAAUUACAUUCAAAACAAGGAUAAGAGGUUCCAUACCUUUGUAUCUAACAGGAUUGCUAUCAUUCAUAAUGCUACCGAGACGGAUCAAUGGUACCAUAUUGACUCGCCCUUGAACCCAGCAGAUAUCCUUUCAAGGGGCAUGCCUGCAAGUCAAUUGAAGGAGAGUUCGAGAUGGCUUAACGGACCAGAAUUUCUUCAACAGCCACAAGAAUUCUGGCCUACGUUUCCAAGCGAGAAGCAAGGGAUUGAUGAUGAUGACCCGGAAGUAAAGAGGACAAAAGGAAUGCAUAAUUUUGCAUCAAGCUGUGAUCAUGAAGACUGCAUUGACAAACUGAUCACACACUUCUCGGAUUGGACCAGGCUAAGAAGGGCAAUUGCAUGGUGGCUUAGACUGAAGAAAGUUCUCCAAGGGAAAGUGACAAAGAUGACACCAAUCCAAGAUAAAGGCAAUACCUUAUCUGCCAAGGAAAUUGAAAGUGCUGAAAAGGUCAUUUUUCAGUAUGUUCAGAGUCAUGCAUUCUCAGAGGAGUUGAGGGUCAUUAGAGAUUCAGGUAAUUCAGUCCCUAAAGUUACAAAAGGAUCAAGACUGUACAAGCUAGACGCAGUUUACCAAGAUGGCCUGCUUCGAGUAGGAGGACGGUUAAUACAUGCAAUAAUACCUAGUGAAGCCAAACACCAAGUAAUAUUGCCCAAGAAGCAUCAUGUGACUUCACCUCUUGUGAGACAUAUACAUCACAGAGUUGGACACCAAGGACUGAAUCAUGUGUUGGCAGAGAUACGACAAAGAUAUUGGAUUCUUGGUGCUGGUGUUGUUGUAAGGAGCAUGUUAAAGAAAUGUGUUAACUGCCGCAAGUACCAGGCUAGACUCGACAAGCAGAAGAUGUCAGAUCUGCCAUCAUUUAGACUUGAAGCUACCAAACCGGCCUUUACUAACGUAGGGAUGGACUAUUUCGGGCCAUUCGACAUUAAGUGUGGACGAUCAACGAGAAAAGGUACGGAGUUGUCUUCACCUGUAUGA